AUGAAGCCUAAUGGUAAUGGUGCCUCAUCCGGUCCACGAACGUUCCAGGCUACACUAGCUGAGACUCCAGCUGUUCGGAAUAUGACCGAUCCACAGCUGGCAAAUGCUCACAGUCACAUGCAAUCAGAUCCCGCACAUCCGAAUCCGGAAACCUUAUCCGAUCCAGUGCUGCUGAACGGCACACAACAGACAACAUUGGAUGAUGCUCCUCUGGUGUCCAACUUUUCUCCAACUCGUCAUUCACGCACCGGAUCGAACGCUUCUGAUCGCUCGUCCACUACGCCCGGACAAACCGAGCACUCAGAUCACGCACCUUCCGUUCCACUGCAUCAUCCGGGUAUCGGAUCAAGUUCCCUGCUUCAACAAGAAUCCAACUCAUCCACCGUCAAGUCCACUAGCCAUAAAAAGUCGUCUUUGCGUACUGCACCACAUUCAGAUUCCGGUUCCACGGUGGAAUUACGAAAUUCAUCCGCCGGUUCCGAUCAUACCGUCGUUCAAUCCGAAUUGAAUACCAUGGAUAGUCCCACUGCCAACUGGAGUCCUACACCCGAAUGGGCCAUGGGUUGGAAAGCGAAAAUGCCAUUCCAGACUAUUAUGCGUCUGCUACAAGUCCUUGUGCCACAGGUGGAGAAAAUUUGUAUCGAUAAAGGUCUAACGGACGAAUCGGAGAUUGUGAAGUUUUUGCAAAACGGCACCCUAGUUGGUCUUCUGCCGGUCCCGCACCCCAUUCUCAUUCGCAAAUAUCAGUCAAACUCGGGCACGGCAAUCUGGUUCCGCAACUAUUUGUGGGGCGUUAUCUAUCUGCGGUAA